AUGACAUUCCCUCUUCUGGGUCGUCCUACUCGCGCAGGAGUGGCUUUUCUCCUGGCAACAACUAUCGCGCAAGUCUCAGGCAGUGCGCAACCAUUGGUCGUCAACCCAAGUGAAACAUGGUAUGCAUAUUCGAGGAUAAAACUCGUAGCAUCUUUACUGAUGACUCUUAGGGAUGGUCUUGACGGCACAUGGUCUUCUUUCAAUCUGAGUGUAGGAGUUCCAGCGCAGGAAGUCCGCCUCCUACCAUCAUGGCAGUCUUUCCAAACUCUGGUUGUGAAUCCUGAGGGAUGUUCUGUAUAUUCCAAUUAUAAUGAUUGUGUCAACUCCCGAGGACAAGUUUUCAACCUGAGUCAAUCAUCAAAUUGGAGCUCUAUUGGCAUUUUCGAAUUCGGAAUCGAACAGAACCUGGGUCUUGUCGGAAACGCAUACUAUGGCUAUGACAGCAUCACCUUGGAUGAUUCAAAUCACACAACCGUCGAGGGCUCGACAGUCGGCGCCUUUGCUGUAUCGGACUUUUGGCUUGGAAGACUGGGCUUGAAUCCGAAGCCUACCAACUGGUCGGAUGUCUCGCAUGGAGUCAGUCUAAUGACGAAGCUGAAGGCACAGGGUGCAAUCCCUAGUAUCUCAUUCGGCUACACUGCAGGUGCUCCAUACCGCUUCACUGGUGUAGAAGGCUCUCUUACUUUAGGUGGUUACGACCAGAGCCGGUUCGAAGUCAACAGCAUUGAAUUUGAUUUCGCUUCUGAUCCUGCAAAGGACACUAUCGUUGCGAUACAGUCUAUCACCACGCAAGCAGUAAACUCGUCAUCUAGUGUUGAGCUAUUACCGGCACCAAUCUACGCUACAAUCGACUCUACGGUAAGCCAGAUUUGGCUUCCUCUCGACGCCUGUGAGGCUUUCGAGAAAGAAUUCGGCCUGAUCUGGGAUUCUACAUACGACCUCUAUAUCGUGAACUCAUCACUUCACGCCUCUCUCCUAGCUCGUAAUGCUAGUGUCAACUUCACGCUCGGCACCGUGGCUUCAGGUCUCCAGCAAAUGACAAUCACGCUGCCCUAUGCUGCAUUUGAUAUGACAGCACAAUCACCAUACCAGGGACUGGCUGACAGGUCGAACUACUUCCNNCCCCUCCGACGAGCAGCGAACAGUUCUCAAUACACGCUUGGGCGGACCUUCAUGCAGGAAGCGUACAUCACUGUAGAUUAUGAACGUGCCAAGUUCAAUGUGUCGCAGUGCGUCUGGCCCCAGGAUAUUGGUGAAGUUCCGGAGAUCAUUAUAAUUGAGCCAGCGCCAUCUUCUCAGAACAGCGGGUACAGUGGAGCUUCUUCAGGAUCAAGUACAUCGGCAACAUCAGGAAACUUUUCAGAAACGAUUGUCACAACGGGUCUGAGUGGUGGUGCGAUCGGAGGAAUCGUAGCCGGCAGUGUCAUUGGUGUGCUCCUAGUCAUUGGCUUAGCCACCUGGCUCGUCCGUCGUGACAGAAAGCAGAAGGGACGCUUGGCAGAAAAUGAGACGGGAGACGACUCAUCGUCUCCGUCAAGAGACUCAAUCUCGCACACCACGAUCGGUAUCGGAGAGAAGGGAACGACUGUCUUCNCCAAAGCAGAAUUGGAAGGGUCAAGGGUCCAUGAGGAUCCCAAGCCAUCACUUCGCCCAGAGUCAAGUUUGGCAAGUCCUACAACUCUAGGUUACGGAGGCAGCACAUGGUCUUCAACACAAGCAGAUUCGGUUUCGCCUGGCCUAGCAUCACCAAGAGCUGCAAGCGAGGCAGGAGGAUUGGAAAUUUUCGAGAUGCCUGGUGAUAUGCCUGAGUUGGCACAAGCAGAUGGCAGAACGAUCACAGAAAAGGAGAUGAUGAGGCGGCGAGAAGAGGUGUACAAUGGAGUUGACCCAAGCAACCCCUCGACUCCAGUAGCCGGAGAGCCUUCAGAUAGAAGAGCUGUGCAACCAGAAGAAGUGGUGUUACGGAACGAGAUUCGAGACGACCGCUCAGAAGCGAAUAGCAGAUUCAGCUUCGAAUAG